AUGAGAGGAACUCGAGAAAAUGAAGUGCUUUUUAAGAACGUACGGAAAAAAGGUUUCCUGGAACGACAUCGUCUUGACCGAAUGUCGCUCAAACAAAGGUUGAAAAAUAUUUCGUGGAAAAGGUUUUUUUUUCAAGAAAUAGCUGGACGUGACAUUAUGACAUUGUACUGGAACAAAAUGUCGAAUGUCUGGUUGUGCUUGUACAGUGAACAUGUUGACGUUCCUUCCUUGUAUACGAUAUCUUUGUUCUCGAUUUAUUACUCGCUCUUGUUGCUCAGCAGUGAAAAUGUGGCGCAAUUCUCGGUUUAA